GCUUGGCGCUUGAUUCAGAACAUUCGAAAUAGCGAGAGCAAUCGAAUCGAAAAGCAAAGCGAAUCUUUCAGUGCUUUUCAAGUGAAAAUCAAGUGUUUGAAUUAUCAAGUGAAAAAGUUUACACAGAAGUGAAAAUGGUGAAAGUUCCAGCAAUUGGUAUUGAUUUGGGCACGACGUAUUCUUGCGUUGGUGUCUGGCAGCAUGGAAAAGUGGAAAUCAUCGCUAACGACCAGGGAAACCGAACAACACCCAGUUAUGUUGCCUUUACGGACUCUGAGCGUCUCCUUGGGGACGCUGCCAAGAACCAAGUGGCUAUGAAUCCUUCCAACACCGUUUUUGAGGCAAGCAACCAAAGACGCCGGAGUUAUAGCAGGAUUGAAUGUUAUGAGAAUCAUCAAUGAACCCACCGCCGCUGCUUUAGCUUAUGGUUUGGACAAGAAUUUGAAAGGAGAAAGAAAUGUGCUCAUUUUCGACUUGGGAGGCGGCACUUUCGAUGUCUCAAUUUUGACCAUCGAUGAGGGAUCACUAUUUGAAGUCAGAGCUACAGCAGGUGACACCCAUCUGGGCGGAGAAGACUUUGACAACAGAUUAGUAAACCACUUGGCGGAAGAAUUCAAGAGGAAAUUCAGGAAAGAUCUUCGAUCAAAUCCAAGAGCCCUUAGGCGACUAAGAACAGCGGCAGAACGCGCCAAGAGAACUCUGUCUUCAAGUACUGAAGCAACCAUCGAAAUUGACGCUCUAUUCGAAGGCAUCGAUUUCUACACCAAAGUCAGUCGAGCAAGAUUCGAAGAAUUGAAUGCUGACUUAUUCAGAGGAACUCUUCAGCCUGUUGAAAAAGCUCUGGCCGAUGCCCGAAUGGAUAAAGGUUCCAUCCACGACAUUGUCUUGGUAGGAGGAUCAACAAGAAUCCCAAAAAUCCAACAUCUGUUACAAAACUACUUCAAUGGAAAACAACUCAAUCUCAGUAUUAAUCCAGAUGAAGCUGUAGCUUAUGGCGCAGCAGUUCAGGCUGCUGUUCUAAGUGGUGAAACUGACAGCAAGAUUCAGGACGUACUUCUGGUGGAUGUUACGCCACUAUCUCUUGGCAUCGAAACAGCAGGAGGCGUGAUGACGAAAAUUAUUGAAAGAAAUGCGAGAAUUCCCUGCAGGCAAUCUCAGCCGUUCACAACAUACGCCGACAACCAGCCAGCAGUAACCAUUCAGGUAUUUGAGGGUGAAAGAACCAUGACAAAGGACAACAACUUAUUGGGAACCUUCGACUUGACUGGAAUUCCUCCAGCACCAAGAGGAGUGCCCAAAAUUGAUGUCACCUUCGACCUGGAUGCAAAUGGUAUUCUGAACGUUUCCGCCAAAGACACCAGCUCAGGCAGACAGCAAAAUAUCACCAUCAAGAACGACAAAGGCCGCCUAUCUCAAGCUGAUAUCGACAGGAUGUUGUCCGAAGCGGAGAGAUACAAGGAAGAAGAUGAGAGGCAAAGAGAAAAAGUUUCGGCUCGCAACCAAUUGGAAGCCUACGUUUUCCAACUGAAACAAGCCGUUCAAGAGUGUGCAGACAAGCUGAGCGCCGAAGACAAAGCGACAAUAGAACGACAUUGUUCGGAAACACUAAGAUGGCUUGACAGCAACACACUGGCAGAAAAAGAAGAAUUUGAAGACAGACAGAAGCAGUUAACAUCAGUCUGCAGUCCCAUUAUGGCCAAGUUGUACAGUGCAGGACCUCAAAAUAGCAAUUAUGGAGGUGGGAUGCCAGGCAGCUGCGGACAGCAAGCAGGCGGCUUCAAUGCCGGAAGAUCUGGACCAACUAUUGAAGAAGUUGAUUAGACUGAGCAUUGUUGUAAAUAAGUUGUAAAUAAUUCUUAUAAAUGUACUUUAUAAGUAUUGACUGACAUUGAAUUUUAAAUGUAGGACUUAAGUGUUUAAAUUUAGUGCAUUUGGAUAGAAAAUAAUAAAUAUGUAUUAAUAAA